CGCAGGAGGUCAAAGCAUGCUGAACUCGUACGGAGUCGGCGGGACGGAUCUCGAUUCGAAACUAAGGAGUGACGUGCUGGUCGGGGAGCAGGGAUCGUCGGAGGAAACGGGGUUGAUGGCACCGUCAGUGGAGCUGGAUCGGUUACAGGCUCCGUGGGACGGUACGGAUCACUCCAGUCCGGCUCACCACAUGUUUAACGAAUCCGAUCCGAUCCUCGGUCCCUCCGCGCUGGAGACCGGCUUCCUGGAAGAGGAGGAUGAGGAGGCGCAGGGGGCAGAUAGAGGAGCGGAGGAAGGUGGGACUCUGGAGGAGUGUUUGGGCUUGCCGCCAUCGUCGUCUCCUUCUCAUCCUUCAGCUGGAGAUCCUGUGGAGCCGCUGUCGUCAAGUUACAUGCUUUUUAAGGACAUCGGUGUUAGCGAGGAAGCCAGCGCAGAUCAAACGGACCUGUCAGCCAGCCCCCCUCCGCCUUACGUCCCCCCUCCUCCCCUCUCCCUCUCUGACAUCACCGCCCACGUGCCGCAGGAUAGGCUGGACCACGGCGAUGUCUCCGAGAGCCUGACCAAUCCCGUGGAGGACGGCCAGGAGCGAGGCGCGGGCUUCGAGUUCGACGACAAGGAGGAAGACGAGGUGGAGGACUUGUCGAGGGAGACGAUGGAGCAGAACGCGGAGAAGCAGAGACAGAAGUGUGACGCAGACCGAGGUACGAUACGAU